UCCCAGACACAGAGGUGACAGCAGGAGCUGGAGCAGCCAUCUUGGGCCACCAGAGGGAAGAGAGAGCCACAACAAAGGAGCCGGGGCCCCCAGCCCUUCAGAGCGGCCCCACCAGCCGCGGGUGCCUUUGCGUGGCUGCUCCGUGGGGACAGUCUGUUUCCAGGCACUGCAACUUGGGAUCUGCCAGGGAGAACUAGUCCCGACCUCAGCUGUCCCAUGGGAGACACUGGCAGGGGAGACCACACAGGGGAGCCUUGGGCCUCGCCCCUGGUGACCUGGGGACCUCUGGAAAGCCCUCAGGGAGGGGCCAGUGCUGGCCCAGAGCGAGCAGCCGAGCUGCUGCAGUGGAAUGCCUUUGGGAGCGAAUGAGAGAAUUAGCCUAAGCUCUGGAUUUGGGGCUUUGAUGGGCUUAAGACAGACUUUUAAUCACCCUGCACUCCCUGUGGUCCCUGUGAAUUUUAAUGGCCCUGGCCCGCGCGUGCGCACACACACACACACACACACACACAGCCCCCAGCAGGCGUCCCGACACCUGCCUCAUGGCCUUGGGUCAUGAGCCCUUUCCACCGGUUGUCUCAGUUGCACGAGGGGAAUUCUUUCUGCUUCUCCAUGCGGCUCUUCUGAGAUACAGACAGACCGAUGGAGGCUCAAAACAGGGGCCUUGGCCGCGCUGAGGGGCCCGGACCCCUACAGUGGUUUGCAAGUACACAGGUUUAAUAGGAGCGGGUCCAUGUUCCCCAGAGUCUCACAGAGGCGUGGCCCCUCCCCCACCCCGACGGUUCUGGAAACGCUGCAGGAGGUGCCAUCUGGGGUGGGGGAGGGUGAGAGGCCUCAGCGGCUGAGGUGGGAGAGAGCGCACCCUCCAGCCUCCUCCGGCUUGCUGCGGCGCUGGGCCCACCGGGUCAGCGCGUGGACCCAGGCAACCUGCCUCCCUCGCGCCCUCUUGACUCCCAGUAUCCAAGCUGGUUAACCAGUCGUUUCCAGGUGGGAAGGAGAUACCCCCGAGGCCGGCAGGGGCUCAGACCGCGCUCGGUACCACCGCGCGCCUCUGCCUCCCACAGGGUGCGAAUGCCUGCCGCAGGGCUGGGCCGCAGGGCUGGGCCACGGACACCGCAGGGCUGGGCCGCAGGGCUGGGCCACGGACACCGCAGGGCUGGGCCGCAGGGCUGGGCCGCCGCGGGCCGCAGGGCUGGGCCAGGGACACCGCAGGCGCUGAGCAAGGGGCUUCGGCGAGGCCGGGAUCGGGCCUCCUCCUCCGGCUGCCCGCGCUCUGCCUCAGUGCUGCCGCCGACGCCGGCCGUGUGCGGGCCAGGAGUUCGUAAGCCCGAAAGGUCAGAGAAACCCAUUCGAGACGCCUUUGGAAUAACGUAUUUGAGACCUUAAAAAAAAUAAAAGGUGUUAAAACAGAGUUGUUGUUUUCCAGCGCUUCAGUAAAGGUCGGAGAGUGACUGGAGAGGAGGCGAGCCCAGGACCCGGCCGGGUAUGAAAGAUGCCGCCGAGCUGCUGGGCCACCGGGAGGCAGUGAAGUGUAGGCUUGGCGUGGGGGGCUCCGACCCCGGGGGCCACCCUGGGGACCUGGCGCCCAGCUCCGACCCUGUCGAGGGAGCCACUCUGCUGCCCGGGGAAGACAUCACCACAGUGGGCUCUGCCCCGGCCUCGCUGGCGGUGAGCGCCAAAGACCCGGACAAGCAGCCGGGGCCCCAGGGCGGCCCGAACCCCAGCCAAGCCGGCCAGCAGCAGGGCCAGCAGAAGCAGAAGCGACACCGGACGCGUUUCACCCCCGCGCAGCUCAACGAGCUGGAGAGGAGCUUCGCCAAGACGCACUAUCCCGACAUCUUCAUGCGCGAGGAGCUGGCGCUGCGUAUCGGGCUGACUGAGUCCCGAGUGCAGGUCUGGUUCCAGAACCGGCGCGCCAAGUGGAAGAAGCGCAAGAAGACGACCAACGUGUUCCGCGCGCCCGGCACGCUGCUGCCCACGCCGGGCCUGCCGCAGUUCCCGUCGGCCGCCGCCGCCGCCGCGGCCGCCAUGGGCGACAGCCUGUGCUCCUUCCACGCCAACGACACGCGCUGGGCGGCGGCCGCCAUGCCGGGAGUGUCGCAGCUGCCGCUGCCGCCCGCGCUCGGCCGCCAGCAGGCCAUGGCGCAGUCGCUGUCGCAGUGCAGCCUGGCGGCGGGGCCGCCGCCCAACUCCAUGGGGCUGUCCAACAGCCUGGCGGGCUCCAACGGCGCGGGGCUGCAGUCGCACCUCUACCAGCCCGCCUUCCCCGGCAUGGUGCCCGCCUCCCUCCCCGGCCCCAGCAACGUCUCGGGCUCGCCCCAGCUCUGCAGCUCCCCGGACAGCAGCGACGUGUGGCGGGGCACGAGCAUCGCCUCCCUGCGCCGCAAGGCGCUCGAGCACACAGUCUCCAUGAGCUUCACCUAAAGCACCUGCGCCCGGGCCCCCGCCCCCCCGGAGCCCCUCGCCCGCCCCCGCCCCGCCCCGCCCCGCAGCCCCGCCCCGGCCGCGCCCGGCCCCUGCCCCGCCC